AUUCGCUGCUAAGAACGACGUACGUAUACUACUAGCUGGUAGCUGCCUCAAAAUGUUAACCAAAAGGUGGAUGAAUUUUACAGGCUUCAGCUCAGACAGUAGAUUUUAGCAGUCGAAACGGAGAAGACGCAGAGUAGCAAGAAAUAAGCGAAUAUAGUACAAAAAGUUAGCUUAGAUCACAAAAUGGACGAACCUACAGUGUUAGAAAAAAAGAUUGCAGAAAUGCAAAAAUAUGUGCCAUUUCUUGAGGAUGUAAUACAUAAACUGAAAAAUAAUCGUCAGGAACAGACAGAAAAUCCUCGAAAGGCUCAACUUCAGAAAAUGGAGAUGCUAUAUGACUUACUGACCACAAAAGCACAGCAGUUAAAAUUAGAAACUUUGGAAAAAUGUGAAAUGGUUCUGUCGAGACUUUACAGUAAAAUCGAAAAACAGUCAAAUUUAUUGCAGAGUGAUACGGGGUCAUCCAACAACACACCGGACCAAACGACUAGUAGUGAUAUGGUUAUUGAUAUAACGUGUCCAGCCAGCCCGCCACCUCAGAUAAACAAAAAAGUGGAACCUCCUAUUGUCAUACCUACAGAAAGAUUAUCAUCUCCAACUACAGUUAGAAAUGUGUCUAACAAUAAAGCUAAUAAUAUUAAACCUGCAUACCAAAAUAAAGACUUUACUCAAAGAAUGAAAAAUUUUAAAGACAAAAUAACAUCUUUAGAAUUACCAAAUCAAAAGUCAUUGGAACAUAUGAAUGUAGGCACACAAAAAAAAUCAUCUACUGUAGCAGCCAACAAUUCUAAUAGAAAUGAUUUAUAUUCUCCAGAAGACUGUUGGAGUGAUAAUGAAAUUGUCAAAAAACACGAAAAUAGUUCGCAUGCAGUUGAAAGACCUAAGGGAGUAUUCGAACGUUUAGGAGAUAAAAUUUCUAAUGACUGUUAUGCAAAUUUUAAAGUUACUGUCAAUCAAAACAAUGCUAAAUCGAAAAUGUCUUUAACUUCAAAAGCAAUCACACAAAAUGCAGCUCCAACGAACAACACUACAAAAAGUUUAGAUUUAAGUAAUUAUAUAAAGGAAGUUCAAAGUUCAGGUUGUAAUGAUAUAUCUGAAAUUGGUUCACGUCGUCCAAAGCACGAGAGUCCACCAUUAAAUAAACUUCAAGAAGCAAAGAAAAAGCUACUUACAAUUUAUAAAAGCGGUACAAAACAAGAUAAUUUAAGAUCAAGCAAUCCUUCAGUUGAAAGCAUGUACUCACAACAUAAACCACAUCUAUCUUUGGAUAAUAAUAAAUCAUUUCAAUCAUCACUAAAUUCAAUGGGUUUUGAAAAACCUGUUGAUACCAGUAAUAAAACUAUUCGAACAGAUCCACGUUUAUCUAGAUCUACUGGACUACUUACAAACAACAUCUCAACAGUACAUUCCAAUCAGCAUUCUCAAGCACAGUUUUCAGCACAAAAUCAAAAUCGUUAUGGAAUGAAUCCACCACAGAGGCUGCAAAGUGAUCCAAGAAUCAGUCGAACAACUCAACUUGCAAAUGACACAAAUCGUACGUAUUAUAAUAGAACUUGGCAAGAAAGUCAUAUGCAAGCGAAUUUUAUUGAUACGACGUUUACAUUUAAUCAAAUGCAAUUAGAUUUCAACACUUAUUCACAAAAUUUAAACACAUAUCAAGAUCAAUCGAUGUCUGCACCACAAACACCCAAAACAUCCAAUCGUAAUCAAAUGGAUACAGAAGAAAAUUGGGACUCUGAUCCAGAUACAACAGAUACUCAUAGACCUCAUAUUAAUGAAAACUCUGUAACAACGAAUGUACCAAAUUGUUUGGAUAGAAAUAUGGAUAAAAACUUUGAGUUAUCUAUAAAUAAUAACCACGCAACUCAUCCUUCUAUGAAUAAUACAGGAAAUACAGGAAAUGUUAAAGCAAAUAAUGUUCAAACGAAUAAACCUAAUAACCCACAACCAUAUCAAACUUCGCCUAAAGUAGUUAAUCAAACUUUUAUUCCAAAUGCUUUUACAAAUAAACAAACCUUUAACAAUGCAUAUAAUCCCAGAUUUACUGUAAAUCAAAACAGAAAUGGGUCAGCAAGAUCAAGUGCGCCACAACAACCGCGUACCUAUGGCGAAUACAAAAAAGCACAAGAAGCAGCUCGUUUAGCUGCUGUAGCAAAAAGUUUACCUAAAACUUUACAAACGCCAAAUCAAAAUCAAGUGCAGCCACAAAGUGAAACAACCAAAAAUCCCUUGCCUACUCACAAUACCCCAGCUUCAACAUCAACAAACACGGCAAGUCCGUCAACAUUAGAUAAAUUGUAUCGCAGUACGAAUUUAGCCAAUUCUUCACUUCCUUCAACGCGUAUUAACUUUAAAAUACCAAAGAAAGAUAUAACAAACAAGACAGAUGUAACUGAAAAUAGCGAUAAGAAUAGUACUGAGAAUUCAAUAACAAAGACCAGUCAUAAUUCAGAACAUACCAAAAAUAAUGAUAUAACUUCUUCCAAUAAUAUAAUAACACAUGUUGUAGAAAGUAAAAACGAAUCGAAGUCCAUAGAUAAUGUCACUACAACUAAAAGUGUUGUGGCAAAUACAGAAAGCAAAAAUAAUGAUAAGAAGUCUUCCACUAUAAAUAAACCAAACAAUAAUAAAGAUGAGUUGACAAGUGAAUCUUCAAACAGUACUCAAAGUAUUUCCGAUAAUACUAAAAACCUGUCUGGAAAUAUAAAUGAAUCCACUAAUACAAAUGAUACCAUAGAGCUACAAAAUCUGUUGGAAAAUACAAAAAAUAAGAGCCUGCCAAACAAAAUAAUAAAAAGACGUUUAACGAUGUGCGGUAUGAGAACAACACCCAUUAUUUUGGAAAGUGAACUACUACCUACUACCUCUUUAGUAAUGGAAGAUUUACAAGGUAAACAUAAUGAUAAAUUAGACGAUAAAAUUAUUAAAAAACAAAAGAGGGAAAAUGAUAUGUAUAAAAUAACAGAUGACAACUGUACAGUCUCAAUACAAAACAUAAUAUACGGAAAGAGGAGUACUCGCGCACAAGUUAAUUUCAGUGAAGGUCAACAAACGAAAACAUUAUUGAAGCAAAACGAUUCCCCAGAGAAUUCCAAAAAUAAAAAAGCAACUACUAAAAAAGCGUUAACAAACACAGAUGCAACACCGAAGGAAACGAAAAAGAAACAGAGCAAACCAGUUCAAAAGUCCUCUUCCAAUAAAAAGUUGCCAGGAAAAGAAUUGAAUACUGUUGAAAGCGCAGAAAAUGAAGAGGCUUCUACCUCGAACUCUUCAAGUAUUCAAACUAAUACUGACCUGGAAAAUCGUGUGAGUGCGGCGGUCACCGAUAUGCACAAAUAUUUUCCACAGUGUUCGGGUGAAGAACUUAAAAAUUUAUUUAGGAGUUUUCUUGAAAAAGAAAUGAAUACACAAAAACAAACAGAAGAUGUUACCUUAAAGGAUGAAAAACCGGCCAAAAACUUGACCAAUGUUAGUAAUGAAGUAGAUGAGAAAAAACAAACUGAAAAUAAUCCAUUAAAAGGAAAAAAGAGAAAGAAAAAUGAACUUGAUCGUCUUAAUGAGGAUUUAAAUGAAAUGUUUAUUCGGGAUGGAGUUUUAACGGCUACAGGUAAACGUAUGUGUACUCAUGUAGCAACAGAAUCAGCAAAGAAGGAUGAAAGAAUUCCCAAUGUAAAAACUAAAACAGUUGAGAAACAAUUAUCAAUAAAUCAAACGGAGACUCCUCCAUUAAAUACGAAAGUAGACUUGCAUGUUGACAUCAAUAACGUAAGUGAACCACCGAUAUCAAUUAAUUUGGACGAUCCCAAAUUUCACAAAAAGUGUAUAGUUAACAUUGUCAAAAUUAAAACGCCAAUUAAUAAACCAUGUCCAAAGAGUAAAAAACGUGUAUGGUUGUUAGAUCAUGUGAAAAAUACUUGGUCAAAGAAAAAAAUAAAAAAGGAAGAGAAAAAUAAUAAUAUUUAUUGGCAUUCCCAAUCAAUUUAUACUUCAUGGUGUUUUGUUUGCCAAAAGGAUAUUAAAUUUGCAGCUGUACAUUAUAAACAGGAACAUAAUGAAUUUUAUUUGUCCCGUCUACCACCCUCUGUAUUGGAUCGAAUUAAAAAUGAUAAAUCGAACAAGCCGCUGUUCGGUUUGAAAGAGAAAAAAUUGUGGUUUCAUCGUUGUCCAUUUUGUUUACAAUAUUUACGAAAUACUAUUUCGUCUUGGGUGGAUCACUUCUCCACGCAUACAGGUGAGUACAGUUAUCAAUGCAAUUCAUGUGGAAAAGUUGCAAAUAAGAAAAUGCAAUUAUCGAACAAAUGUCGUACAAAUCAUUGUACUGGAACUCCCAUUGCAAUAAAUCUGUUUCUUAGGACAACUAUACCAAUUAAAGGUCAUGUUUGUCAUAUAUGCAAUUUUGUGCAAAUGAAUCGUAAGAAUUUGGACACCCAUUACAUAGAACAACAUGAUCAUAAAACUGAAGACGUGCAAAAUUCGGGUUACAGUGUGGAUUUACUAAAUAUUGGUAAUGUAAAAUUUGUUACCGAAACGCAAGGAUUAAAAAUUGAAAAGAAACUCGAAUCUACGAAGAGUAGAGGACUUAUGGAAUCAGAUGAUGAGGAAUAUUUUGAUAAUAAAAAAACACAGAAGACAACAAAAGUAAACAAAAACAUAAAAACGCCGAAAAACGACAAGACUGAACAAAAUGUCUCUAACAUGUCAGUAGAUUGCACACGUAUAGAUGACAAUUACUCUGCUCCUGAGAAUGAAGCCACUGAUGAUAAAAUUGUACAAGACCAAUUGUUAAUUUGGGCAGCAGAACUCCAAGCUGCUGAACGUGAAAAAGAAGCAAGUGCUGCGAAUGAUUCCCAGAAAACUUCUGAAAGUGUUGCAGUGCAUAGUAAUAUGGGUUCUACUAUUAUAGAAAAUGUCAGCAAUAUAUCUAACUCAAAUGCUUUCCUACUAACAAAUGACACAAAUGAUGUGGCCGCAAAUGAUUUUUACAGUUUUGCUGAAAGCAUGAAAAGUUUUGAAACCGAAACUCAUGUUCAUUUUGAGAAAGCUAAAGGGAGUCCACUCAUAUCAAUAACAGAUCGAUUGAGUCAACGAUUAAAAGACUUUUCUCAAAAGAGUAACUUGAACACAGAUAUUUUUCCAUCACCUAGUGAUUCACUUGCAGAGAAACAAUUUGUUGUUUCGAGAGCUAUAGUAAAGCUUGAUAUGUCAGGUGAACCAGAUGGCACUAAUGUAACGAAAGAACCAGUAUUAACAGAUGGAACAGAAAAACAAAAUAUUGAAGAUGAUGAAGAUUGGGAAGAUGUAGAGAUUAUAGAUCCAGGUCCAAAAAAAGAUAAGCUCAAAAAUAAAAGAAUUUACCAGAAAUGUACAUUAAUUCGUAAAGUAAACGGUAAACCAUCUCUUGUAUCAAAAAACAAAACCACAAACCAAAACAAUUUAACACUAGCAACAGAAAAUUCUUCAUCGGAUAUUGAUAUUACUAAUUUAGUCGAUCUCUUGCCUAGUUCACCUAUUGAUAUAGCACCUCAACUUUUAUCAACAGUUUCAAGUGAACCACUUCACGAUUUAACUGGUAUUACAUCAACAUUAGACACGAAUUUACUAUCAUCUAAUAUUGAUACGACUAUUGAGAAUAGCAACCGCGAAAUUAAUUAUCACGAAGAAAAUUUAAAUAUACAAGAAACUACUAGUACAGAACCACUAUUGAAUCCUGUGCAAGAAGUAACUGAAAAUCGGAUUGUAAGCAAAAAAAUUGAGAAUAUAGCUUUUGCUCCAGCUAAAGAGGGUUAUAGAUUUUAUUGCCGUAUCAAAGGUUGUAAUUUUAUAUUCUCAAGCGAUUCAAGUGGUUUACAAGCACAUUUCGGUUCUGAUCAUAAAUUAGUAAAAUGGACUGGCUUUUGCAACACAUGUAAUUUUAAUGUUAAUAAAACUCGGCAGGAUUCAUUAUCUAUUUUCGAUGAAUUAAACCAUUUAAUGAGAAUUCAUUUAGUUGCAAAACCGGUAGUUAUAAACCUAAUGAAUUCUUUGACAAAUACUGUGACCAACAUACAACAAUCAGAUCUAAACCAAACGGUGCCAGUUGCAAAUAAAAUAAAAUCAAUAGCAAAUACUGAGAUGUCUACUACACAGCAGUCAGAUAAUAUUAACUUGCCUGACAUAUCUACUUAUUUAACUACUACAAAUAGUGAAAAUACUAAUAACGAUAUUACAGAUAGUAAUGAAUGCGCUAUUGAAAUUACUAAAGAGGUAAACAAACAACCUGAGGAGCAGUGUAGACCACGAAUUAAUGUUAGACGCCUUACUGGAGAUAAUCUUUCUACGAGAAAAGAAAGUGAUACAAAUGGCGGUACAUCAUUAAUGAAUGAUAGUGACAUAACCCUAGCUGAUUUGCUAUCAAGACCUCCAAUUAUUAUACAAAAUCCAACAUUACACAAUGCAAGCCCUCAACAAAAUAGUAAUGAAUCGCUAUUCGAAAAUAUGAAUGAGGAAGUAACCAUAGUUCCGAUUGAAUCUAACCCAGCAGAAGGAACUUCUAUUGUAACACCAAAGGCAAUUGUUAGUGAUAAAACUAAUACAUCGAACAAAAAUGCUACGUCUGCUCAAACCCAUUUCCUAAAAAUAACUAAUGUAUGCAGUUUAAACCCUAAUCCCGAUGCUAAUACGAGUAGCAAAAAUUUAUUGCCAAAACCCCAACGUGCUCAAAACAAAGAAUCAAAUAUAAUGAAACAAGUCGAAACUGCAGUUUCGGAUGAACCACAAAUAAUUGCUGAAACGUUACCAGUCUCACAAGCAACUACUGGUGAGUUUGUUAUAACACAAACUAUUUCGACUGAGUACAGUACAGAGGGCGUACCCAAUGGGCAGCUAGGAUUUAAUAUAUCAAUAGCACCAACGAAUAGUGCUCCAUUAGUUUCCAUUCCAGAUUUAAAUAUUAAAAAAAAACUGUAUGAGGUGUUUAAAUGCGCUGGAACAGCUUGCACUUUUCACACGAGAUUCGCUUCAACAAUGAAAGAUCACUUACAUUUUCAUGCUUUACAAAACUUUACAAAGAAUCGUGAUUAUAUGAAAUGCCCAUAUUGCAAAUUUGAAGCUCAGGAUAUUGAUGGAUAUAUUGAACAUACACAAAGUACACAUAUGCCACCAAACCAAAAUUCGCUGACAAAAGAAAUACGAAAUAUACUUAAUUCCAUGGGCGAUUCGAAUAAAACGUCUUAUACAGCAAGUCUUCCCACGAAUAAUAACGCUAAGAAAAACUAUGCAGAAGAAUUAGAGGAAACUGUUAAGCAAAUAUUAAAUAAGACCGGUGUAUCAGAUGAUAAAUUGUACCGCUGCAUUGUUCCAAAUUGUCAAGCAACUUUAACAGAAAAUACGUUUAACAAACAUACAAUUUUUCAUACAUCAACUUUGGGAUCCCAACCAAAUCAAAAACUGAAAUGCCCACAUUGUUCGACGGUGUAUAGGGGAUUGAGUUUAAUGAAAUCUCAUAUACAAAAUCAUGGAACGCAUAAAUAUUUUUGCUACAUCUGUAUGCAAACAUCAUUGAAUUUGAAUAAAUUACAUAAACAUAUGCUGGAACAGCAUUUUCAAAAAGUAGCAACUGUAGAGCCGCUGCUAACCAAAAAUGAAGAUAUUAAAGCAUUUGUUGGCCAUUCUGAAAAACUCACUCCAAACGAAAUUAAGGAAUUCGGAAAUAAACUCGUACUUGAAUUAAAGCGUCAAAAAGCCAAGGAUAAAACGAUUUUUAGGCAAGAUGAAAUUGAUUUGUUACCUGUAGAUCAGAUAUUUCGGAAAGAAGUGUUUUGUGCCAAAUGCAAUUAUAGGACAAAAGUCCGUUCAAACAUGUUGCGUCAUCUUCAGCAAGAUAAAUGCAUUCAGACACAUAAUACACCUGCUGCAGAUCCAGUAAAUCCUGUUCCAUGUUUGAAUACGAGCGAAAGGCAUUUUGAUAAAAUGACCAAUUUGGCAUCGUCAUCAUUAACAAGUCCAUCACCUUCUAUUACAAAGAGUUUAGCAGUAUUGUAUUUGCCAAAAUUUAAGUAUGUCUACGAAAAAAAUAUCUACAAGUGUGGUGUACAUGAUUGUGAAUAUCAAACUCUUUCGGAGAAAUUAUUUUUGAGUCAUAUUAACACUUUACAUAGUACCGUUAAUACUUAUAACUGUCCAUUUUGCAAAGAAGAAAUAUGCAAACGACCAAUAUCCGUCAAUCGCAUUUACGAACACUUGCAAUUUCAUCAACGAACAUUAUAUCAAUGUACUGAAUGCGAUUUUGUACAUUUUAAUAAAAGCUUUGUGGAGAAACAUUGGACUGGUGCACAUCCUGGUGCUUGCACGUCUGUAAUUGAACAUGAAAGAAAUGAAAAUCAAACAAAAACUACAAAAAUUCCAGUCGGAUCACAAAAUAAACGAAUGUUAUCGCCUGGAAAACCGGUAAAACUAAAUACAAACAAUGCAUCAAAUAAAAAUGAUAAUGAAAAGCAAAAAGCAAAAUUCAAGUGGUUGUGCAAGAUAUGUAACUUUUCCUGUGCAGUGUAUCAGCAAAUGUCUUCUCAUACUCUCUCAUGCCAUUCGUCUAGACAUGCCUUUCAAUGUAUAUACUGUGCAUACUGUGCCCCAAAUAAACAUCAAAUAGAAAGUCAUAUUAAAAGCACGCACAUUGGUAGUCCUAUUGAACACCUUCAAGUAUUUCAAAAAGUUAAAAUUACCGAAGAAAUAGCAAGUCCGCAGCCACUAUGGCAAAGGAACGAUCCGAAGCGCGUGCGACAUAUUAGAGGUAUACUAAUGGAAGAUGAAGAAGAAUCAACACAAAAUCAAAAAAAAACUCAAUUAAGUCCAAAUACUGUUAGUCAUCCACCUGUGGGAGUGACGCCCAAACCAGUGCAAACUCCAAAAAAAAAAUGCAACGAACCGACACCUCCAGCAUUCGCUAAAAUUUCACAGCAUCUAUACUUGGAAAAAUAUACAUUUGCUUGCAAAUAUUGUGAUUUUAUCUCUAACUUCGAUGGAGUUAAAAACCAUUGGCAAAAUGUACAUUAUACGUAUUCUGGUGAUUUUCCAAAAAUCCACGGUCGAUUUUUGUGGACAUUGGUAAAUUAUUUGAAGUGUCCUUUAUGUAUAGAUAUUUAUGGUACAUAUAAUACGCUGGAACAACAUUUUCAUAUAUCGCACCCCGAACAUCCAGAACUUAUCGCAGCAGAUCCUCACGUAUCCUAUUUAAAGUGCGGUUUUUGUAUGGCCAUAUUCACAACCACAAACGCUUUACAGAAACAUACUACUGAGCAUCACCAAAUUAAUGGUUUAAGAGAAAUAGGAGGAAAAAAUUUACGUCUAAUUUUGAAAUUAGGAAAAAAUGUUAACUAUUUUAAGUGUCAAGAUUGUGGUGAUAUUUUCCAUGAACGCAAUCAAGUACUUAAUCAUAUUAACGUAUAUCAUAAGGAGAUUUUAGACAGCUUUAAUGAGCACAUUGUCGAUUUAGGAAGCAUAAAUAUAUUUUGUUGUUCACACUGUAAAUAUUAUUCAGUAAAAGAAGAGGAAACGUUGAAACAUAUGAUUGAUCAUUAUCCUGAUUUUAAAAAAUGCAUCUACUGUUUAGAAGAACAAACAUCAUUUGUAAGCUAUAUGCAGCAUUGUUACUCUCAACAUCGUGAACAAAGUAGGGCAAUCAAUGAAUUAUAUACGUAUCAGAAAAUUAAGAAUUUUCUAAUUCAAAUGUUGAUACUAUUUCCAAAUGGCUUACAACUUACAAAGAAAUCUUUAUUGUCAUGCUCAAAUGGAUGUUGCUCCGAUAUAAAAAAAGUACACGAAUAUAUGUUGCAUGUAACAAUGGAACCACCAAUACCACGCCUGUCCAUCGCUAAUCUUGUAGCACUUAAAUCAAUUGAAGUGAAACAGUCUCGUGGAGGUGUCAGUGCAUUGUCAUCAAAAGUUACAACACUAGCAGAUUUACAGAAGUUAAAAAAAAUAAGUAAACGACGUAAUACUGUUGCAAUAGAUAGUAAUUUUAAUGCAGAAUAUAAAUCAUAUGCAAAAAAGCGUAAAAUGUCUGGUACUUUGCCAGAAGUUCCGACACCAAUAUUUGAAAAACCUAUUCCCGAAAAACCUUACUCAUAUUAUGGAACAAAACCUAAAUAUGAAAGCUUGAAUGAUGUCUACACUGUACUGAACAUUUCCAAUGAAAGCACAAAAGUGAGUAUGAAACAUCUGCAAAAUAUGAGUGAUUUUAAUCCAAAUGUGGUCGUAAUGAAAUUAAGCGACAGUGAUAUUGCGAAAAUGAAUGCGGAAACAACGACCAGCGAGGAAGUUAUAGUGUUAAGUGAUGAUGAUAAUGAUGAUAAAAUUUCAACUAGCUAUGCAAGAGUAAAGAAAGCGUGUCCUUUAAGUGAAAAACACAAACACAAAUGAUAUUCGUCCAAGAGAUACAAAAAUUAUGCUAAAGAAAAGACAAAAUGUCCUUUAAGUGCAAAACACAAAUAAUAUUCCUUCAGGAGAAAUAACUCCCUUGUCAAUUUCAAGAAAACAUAAUGUAUAUAUUUUCAUAUAAUAGAAUAGAAAUAUGAUUAUUUUCGUAACAAAAGCUGAAUAAUGUUAAUGUAAUAUUUAAGACUUAGUAUUAUUAUUCCUUAGUUUAUUAGUAUAUAGACGUUUUUUAA